UUCAGGGCCUCAAGAUCGAUUAAAACAUAGUGAAGGAAAGUGCCGGAAACGGCCGUGAAAGCCUGCGUCACGUGGUGCAUAUGCGCCAAAGACCCACGGUGAAUAAAAACGCGGGCUUCCUUAUCCUGGCCUUUAAAUUCGAGCUUAGGAACUUGGGGGGCCUUCUUAAAGGCCACUUUCCAUUUCUUUAACGUCUGCCUUUCCCGGAUACCGAGAUCACCGCACGUCGCGACCGCCACGACCACCAUUUCCGCUUCUCUUGCCACGAUUUCCGCCCGUGUCCAAGAUGGCGGUUGGGUGGCCUUCCCUGCCUGACGGAGCUGGACGGCGUCUGACGUCAGCACUGGCAGGGGGUGGAGCUGUUAAUAGCCAGCAAAUGCAGAAGCCGCUUCUCGGGAGUCAGCCAUGGACUGGAAAGAAAUCCUUCGUCGGCGGUUAGCGACGCCCAACACCGGUCCAAACAGGAAAAAAAGUGAACAAGAAUUAAAAGAUGAAGAAAUGGAUUUGUUUACCAAAUACUACUCAGAAUGGAAAGGAGCUGGAAAAAACACAAAUGAAUUCUAUAAGAUCAUUCCUCGGUUUUAUUACAGGCUACCUGCCGAAGAUGAAGUCCUACUACAGAAAUUACGGGAGGAAUCCAGAGCUGUGUUCCUGCAAAGAAAAAGCAGAGAGCUGUUAGAUAAUGAAGAAUUACAGAACUUAUGGUUUUUGCUGGACAAACACCAGACACCACCUAUGAUUGGAGAGGAAGCAAUGAUCAAUUAUGAGAACUUUUUGAAGGUUGGUGAAAAGGCUGGACCAAAGUGCAAGCAGUUUUUCACAGCAAAAGUCUUUGCUAAACUCCUUCAUACAGAUUCAUACGGAAGAAUUUCCAUCAUGCAUUUCUUUAACUAUGUUAUGCGAAAAGUUUGGCUUCAUCAGACAAGGAUAGGACUCAGCCUGUAUGACGUCGCUGGGCAGGGGUACCUUCGGGAAUCUGAUUUAGAAAACUACAUAUUGGAACUUAUCCCAACCUUGCCACAAUUAGAUGGGCUAGAAAAAUCCUUUUACUCCUUUUACGUUUGUACAGCAGUUAGGAAGUUCUUCUUCUUUUUAGACCCUCUAAGAACAGGGAAGAUAAAAAUUCAAGAUAUUUUAGCAUGCAGUUUCUUGGAUGAUUUACUGGAGCUAAGGGAUGAAGAACUGUCCAAGGAGAGUCAAGAAACUAAUUGGUUCUCUGCUCCUUCUGCCCUCAGGGUUUAUGGGCAGUAUUUGAAUCUUGAUAAGGAUCACAACGGCAUGCUCAGCAAGGAGGAACUCUCCCGUUACGGAACAGCAACCAUGACCAACGUCUUCCUAGACCGUGUUUUCCAGGAGUGUCUCACUUACGAUGGAGAAAUGGACUAUAAGACCUACUUGGAUUUUGUUCUUGCGCUAGAAAACAGAAAGGAGCCUGCUGCUCUCCAGUACAUGUUCAAACUGCUAGACAUUGAGAACAAGGGCUAUCUGAAUGUCUUUUCCCUUAAUUACUUCUUUCGGGCCAUACAAGAACUCAUGAAAAUCCAUGGACAAGAUCCUGUCUCAUUUCAAGAUGUCAAGGAUGAAAUCUUUGACAUGGUAAAACCAAAGGAUCCUUUGAAAAUCUCUCUUCAGGAUUUAAUCAACAGUAAUCAAGGAGACACGGUUACCACCAUUCUAAUAGAUCUGAAUGGUUUCUGGACUUACGAGAACAGAGAAGCCCUUGUUGCCAAUGACAGUGAAAACUCAGCAGACCUUGAUGAUACGUGACCCGUGAAAGGCCUGACUGUCCUGAAGACAUGCUUGAAUGCUGCAUGUGAAGCCUCAAAAACGGUUUUUAAAUAAAAGCCCUCAGAUGCCUGUGGAACACA